GAGAAAAGACCUCGCAGCAAACUUCCUCGUGCCUUGAGGGGUCUGAUGGGAGAGGCCAAUAUCAGGUUUGCUCGAGGAGAACGUGAGGAGGCUAUUCUAAUGUGCAUGGAAAUCAUUCGACAAGCUCCUCUUGCUCAUGAGCCAUUUUCCACUCUUGCCAUGAUAUAUGAAGACCAGGGUGAUAUGGAGAAGUCAUUACAGUUUGAACUGAUUGCAGCUCAUUUAAAUCCGAGUGAUACUGAGGAAUGGGUUAGACUAGCAGAAAUGUCACUGGAACAGGACAAUAUUAAACAGGCUGUUUUUUGCUACACAAAAGCUCUGAAAUACGACCCAACCAAUGUGCGUUAUCUGUGGGAGAGAUCAAGCCUGUAUGAACAGUUGGGGGAACAUAAGAUGGCUAUGGAUGGCUAUAGGCGUAUUUUAAAUCUCCUGUCUCCUUCUGAUGGAGAGCGCUUUAUGCAGUUGGCUAGAGACAUGGCAAAGAGUUAUUAUGAAGCCAAUGAUGUGACCUCUGCUAUUGAGAUAAUAGAAGAAGCCUUUACUAAACACCAGAGCCUUGUCUCCAUGGAAGAUGUUAACAUCGCAGCUGAACUAUAUAUUUCUUCAAAACAGUAUGACAAAGCAUUGGCGGUUAUUACAGAUUUUGCAGGAAUUGUACUUGAAAAGAAAGUAUCAGAAAAGAGUCCAGCUGAGGAGAAAAAAGGCACAGGGGCAGUGGUAGAAACUCAGGAAAGCCAGGAGGCAGUGACUGACAACCAAAAUAAUCCAGCUGCUGAAUCCAGUGCUGCAGCUGUGGAGAAGGUCAGCUGCUGCAUACCUGAGGGCGUUCCCAUAGACAUCACUGUCAAGCUAAUGGUGUGCUUGGUUCACUUGAACAUCCUAGAGCCACUCAGUCCUCUUUUGACCACUCUGGUGGAACAAAAUCCAGAAGAAAUGGGUGACUUGUAUUUGGACGUUGCAGAGGCGUUUCUGGAUGUUGGAGAAUACAACUCGGCACUGCCUCUCUUGAGUUCCCUUGUCUGUUCAGAACGAUACAACUUGGCUGUUGUCUGGCUUCGGCACGCGGAGUGCUUGAAGGCUUUGGGACACAUGGAGCGUGCUGCAGAGAGCUAUGCCAAAGUUGUUGAUCUUGCUCCAUUGCACCUGGAUGCAAGAAUAUCACUUUCAACACUUCAGCAGCAGCUGGGCCGACCUGAAAAAGCUCUGGAGGCUCUGGAACCAAUGUAUGACCCAGAUACACUGGCUCAGGAUGCUAAUGCUGCCCAGCAGGAAUUAAAGCUGCUUCUCCAUCGUUCGACACUGUUGUAUUCGCAAGGCAAAAUGUAUGGUUACACAGACACUUUACUUACGAUGCUGGCAAUGCUGUUGAAGGUAGCAAUGAGCAGAGCUCAGGUGUGUUUGAUAUCUAGUUCCAAAUCUGGCGAGAGACACCUGUAUCUUAUUAAGGUGUCAAGGGAUAAAAUUUCUGACAAUGACGACCAAGAGACAGCAAAUUGCGAUGCAAAAGCAAUUUUUGCUGUUCUCACAAGUGUUCUGACAAAAGAUGACUGGUGGAACCUCCUCCUGAAGGCUAUCUAUUCCUUGUGCGACCUCUCCCGGUACAAGGAGGCAGAGCUACUAGUGGAUUCCUCGCUGGAAUAUUAUUCAUUUUAUGAUGAUAGACAAAAGCGCAAGGAGCUGGAAUACUUUGGGCUCUCUGCUGCAAUUCUGGACAAGAACUUCAGAAAGGCGUACAACUAUAUCAGAAUCAUGGUAAUGGAAAAUGUCAAUAAACCUCAGCUCUGGAACAUAUUCAAUCAAGUUACUAUGCAGUCUCAGGAUGUCCGUCACCAUCGCUUUUGUCUCCGCUUAAUGCUGAAAAAUCCUGACAAUCACGCAUUGUGUGUGCUAAAUGGGCACAACGCGUUUGUAUCUGGCAGUUUCAAGCAUGCUCUUGGACAGUAUGUGCAAGCCUUCCGUGCAAACCCAGAUGAACCUCUCUACAGUCUUUGUAUUGGCUUGACUUUCAUCCACAUGGCUUCUCAGAAAUAUGUAUUGAAAAGGCACGCUCUUCUAGUACAGGGAUUCUCCUUCCUUCACCGGUACUUGGACUUGCGUGGACCAUGUCAGGAGUCUUUCUACAACCUUGGCCGUGGCCUUCACCAGCUGGGAUUACUGCACCUGGCAAUCCACUAUUACCAAAAAGUACUUGAACUUCCUCCUCUCACCUUAGAGGGAAUAGAUACUGAUCAGACAGACUUGAGAAGAGAUACUGCCUUUAACUUGUCACUUAUUUAUCAGAGCAGUGGAAAUACAAGAAUGGCUCAAAAGAUGUUGUAUACUUACGCAGUUGUAUGAUGAGGUUUGGGGCAGGUGGAAUUGAUGCUCUUUGUAUUAUGCAGUGCUGGGGAAACCAGUUUUAU